CGCUGCUCCUGAGUGGUCACAAAAUAGGCUAACCAGAGUCUCCGGGACGGUCAAACAAUUUUAUUCGUGUCAGAACUUGGAAAACUUACCGAAUGUUGUUUUUAAAAUUUUUAAAUAACGUGGCGUUUUUUUUCUCUGAACGUCUUUGUUUAUUCUGGAAUACAAUCCUUCAUUUUCACCGUUUAAGAAGACAUGUUGACUAUUGGAGGCGGAGACAAAUGUUUUAGAGGAAUAACCCAAUCUUACGGAUUUUUAAGGACUCAGUUUCUCUCCGUCGGCACGUAUAAUUUCCUCAUGUAGCAACGGAAAACGCUCCCAGUGAACUUCUUCCCCUCCUCUUUCUAUUCCGGACUACUCUGGGAAUGGGCCAGCACCUAUCUGGGGUGCCCUACUUCGCCUGGGGGUGUGGCUGCCAUGCACCGGUGGGGAGGGCUAUGUUAAUGUCUUAGAGCCCUUUCUUGUGACCUUUUAACCUCUCACACCAUUGUGACCACCCCUGAGCCAUGCCGUUCAAACUGAAGCUGCGUCGCACAAGGCGCUAUAACGUGCUCAGCAAAAACGUCUUUGAAAUAAGAAUUCGUCUGCUGGACAACAAUGUUGUAGAAUUCAGAUGGUCUGUGGAGAGCACAGGCCAAGAAUGUCUGGAGGCAGUGGCCCAAAGACUUGAACUGCGAGAGAUCCAAUAUUUCGGCCUCUGGUUCCAGGCGAAGGCCCAGCUUCAGAUCCAGCGCUGGGUAGAGCUUGAGAAGCCUCUAAAAAAACAGCUGGAUAAGUUUGGCAAUGAGCCUCUGCUCUUUUUCGGGGUAAUGUUCUACGUCCCCAAUGUGUCCAGGCUGGAGCAGGAGGUGACCAGGUACCAGUAUUACCUGCAGGUAAAGAAGGAGGUGCUGGAUGGACGUCUUCGCUGUUCUGUAGAGCAGGGCAUCAGAUUAGCUGGCCUAGCAGUGCAAGCUGACUUCGGGGAUUACACACAGUUCCUGUCCCAGGACUUCCUCAGGGAGUAUGUGCUCUUCCCAGUGAAUUGGCCUCAUGCAGAUGAGUUGUUGGAGGAGUGGACUCAGAAGGUAGCUGAAGAACAUAAGAGUCACUGUCGAAUGCAGCCUGCAGAAGCAGAGUUGCUUUAUAUCAAAGAGGUGGAAAAGCUGGAUGGCUUUGGCCAGGAGAGCUUUGCUGCUAAGGAUAACUACACAAAUGACAUUUUCAUCGGUAUGUCCUUCAUCGGAGUCUUUGUCAAACACAGGAACGGCAGGUCUAUUAUGCUCCACAGAUGGAAGGACAUUGGUAACAUAGCGCAUAACAAGUCGGCUAUCACAGUUGAGAUAACAAGUAAAGAUGACACCAUCAUGUUUCACACGGAUGACAUGGAACUGUCCAAGUACAUUGCGCGGCUCUUCACAGCCAGACACAAGUUCUACAAACAGAACAAGAUCUGUGCUGAACCUGCCCACUCCCCUGUGCCUAUCAGGAGACGCCCCACUUGGACCCCCCGCCAUUCUCUGCCACGGCCACGGUCCUGUAUCCUCCAGCCAACACACUCUCAUUACCAAGAUACACAGAGCUCUCAAGACAGCAUAUUCCACGACGACCUGUACUACAAAUCUGAGACCAGUCUGGACCGGUGUCCAGCUGAAUUCAGCUUUCGCAAUGGAACAGUUCCCAAUGGCAGUAUGUACAGUAGCCCCAGUCUCAGUUCCCUCAACCACUCCCAAACAUUUGUUCAACCUUCGCCCAUCUCUUCAAACCUCAGCAUCCCCGGCAGCGAGCUGAUGCGUCACGACUACAUCCCUAGUCACCGCCAUAGUGCCAUUAUCGCUCCUUCCUAUAGGCCCACACCGGAAUAUGAAGCUGUGAUGCGCCAGAAGUGCCGCAUGCUUCCAGCACCCCAUGACCUUCACAGCCAAUCUCUUAGGAGUCUCAAUAUUAGCAGUGCGAAUGCAUAUCGUCACCCAGAGGCGUUGGUUUGUAGUCAGCCAGAGAUGAGAGAGAGGGGCCCAUAUCCAGGUCCCAACUCAUACACACCACAGAUCAGCUACAGUAAGUCUUUGAACCCUGCUCCUCACCAGGGCCCUGGAGCUGGUCAGGGCCCCUGCCAGUCCUCGUGUGGAGGAGGCGAUGGAGUAGGAGGGGGCGGGAGCUCAAUCUUGCACACGGUCAGCACACCAGAACUUGCCAACACCAAACAGCAGGGCACUACUACCAGCAGCUAUGGUGCUACGGCCAACAUGCUGAGGAACCACAUGUCGCGGCCGCCCCCUCCCUACCCUACCUUCCGGCCUGCCACCAGCACCCCGGACUUGGCAAGCCAUCGGCAACGCUGUAUGGGUGGCAGCAGCCCCGAGCUGGUCACUCGCAUGGUGCAGCUGUCUGUGAAGACCUUCCAGCCAGACAGCUCCCCUGUGGUACACCAAUCUCUGCAGGAAGUUAGCGAACCACUAACGGCGGCUAAGCAUCGCUCUUCCCUGGGGAAAAGACACAGUAUGGAAGUGGUCAGCAGCAUGAGGGGUGGGGGAGGAAUAGAGAGCAUGGGGGUUCUGAAGGGGAUGGCUGCCUCUGUUAAUAGGAGGAAUACUCUUAGAGAGCAGGUGAUGGUGCCACAGCCUCAACCACCACCCCAGUCUCCACUACAACCCAAAGAACUGCCAAUGCAGAAAGCCCACCAAACCCUGGCCCAAUCCUCCACGCCAAAAGGGGUAGGUGUGACCUAUCAGCAUCAAAAGACUCUCUCUAAUGCCACCAUGCUGAUCCACAGCAGCGAGAGCGAGGAAGAGGAGGAAGAGGAGAGGCCCGAGCUGGAUGUUCAGAUCCCAGGUCUGAAUGAGGACAUUAAUGCCCAACUCCAAGCAGCCCUGGCCAAGCUCCCCAACAAGCCCCCUCCGGAGUACCCUGGUCCCCCUAGACCAUCCCAAAAUGCGGUUCUCCGCUCCCACAACCACCCUAACAACCACAACCAUGGAACCACGGAUCCAUGCCAGUCCCAGCCCCGUGUGCUAAAAGCUGUGCAUAGCCAGGGUGCCGGAGGUGGUGGCACCCUGACAUGUGGGGAGCAGGCUGGGAUGAAUGGGGCAGUUCUGGGGCCGUCCAUCUCUGAGCCGGAUCUGACCAGUGUAAAGGAGAGGGUCCGGAAAGAGCCAGUCAAAGAGCGGCCAGUGUCUGAGAUGUUCUCCCUAGAGGAUAGCAUAGUGGAGAGGGAGAUUGCACAGAGGACACUGGAGAGACAGAAAAUGUCUGUUGACUCUCUGAAGAGACCUCUGAUGAUGGCGGCCCUCAACGGGCUCUACGUGGCCAGGAUGCCUGUUCCAGAGAACUUGCACAAUGAUGGGGUUACGGUUGCCCCUGAUGAACGGUGUAAGAUCCUAGAGUUGAAGUUGGAAGAGGAGAGGGUCUUCACAGAGUAUGAGCAGAUCCCCAAGAAAAGGGCAGACUGUGUGGUCACCACUGCUACACUUGCCGACAAUUGCGAGCGGAACCGGUUCCGUGAUGUGGUUCCAUACGAGAAUAAUCGGGUGGAGCUGGUUCCAAACAAGGAGAACAACACAGGAUACAUCAAUGCUUCCCACAUUAAGGUUAAGAUCAGGGGAAAGGAAUGGCACUAUAUUGCCACUCAUGGACCACUGGCCAACACCUGUGCUGACUUCUGGCAGAUGGUCUGGGAGCAGGGGGUCAACGUCAUCGCAAUGGUUACUGCAGAAGAGGAGGCUGGUAGGUCUAAGAGCCACCGCUACUGGCCCAAGCUUGGCUCCAAGCAUAACUCAGCAACCCACGGAAAAUUCAAGGUGACCACCAAGUUCCGUACAGACUCAGGCUGCUACGCGACAACUGGGCUAAAGGUCAAACAUCUGUUGUCGGGCCAAGAGCGAACUGUAUGGCAUUUGCAAUACACUGACUGGCCCCUAAACGGCUGCCCUGAAUAUGUCCAGGGAUUCCUCUCCUACCUCGAGGAGAUCCAGUCAGUUAGGAGACACACCAACAGCAUGCUAGACACCUCAAAAAGCCUUAACCCCCCAGUGGUGGUCCACUGUAGCGCUGGAGUUGGCCGCACAGGUGUUGUCAUCCUGACCGAACUCAUGAUCAGCUGCCUGGAGCACAAUGAGAGGGUGGAGGUCCCUAUGAUGUUGGCUCACCUGAGGCAACAGAGAAUGCUCAUGGUUCAAACCAUCUCCCAGUACAAGUUUGUUUACCAGGUCCUCAUCCAGUUCCUCAAGAACUCACGACUCAUUUGAAUCCUGACCUUCAAUUUUGUCCGACAUGACCUGACUAGAACAGGACUAGAAAAGGGUGAGGAAUAUGGAUAUAGCCUCACAGACUUCUGGUAGUCUAAAAAGUAGUUUCCACAAUUUUGCCUACAUCAAACUUGUUCGCUAAAUGGGAAAGUACUGUAGGUCUUUUUUCAUAUUUGAACACAUCCAGUGACAAUUGCAUUUUCAAAACAGGCAUUAUACAUGUUACAUAACAUACAUCCACAAUUCAUCUGAAAAUUGGAGAGAGGCCUUUUUUAUCACCAACAUUUCACUGAAAGCCUCUUUGUCCAGAAAGCUAUGCUAAUUCUACAGACCAGACUAGCAUGCUAGUCAUUAGCAUCAAAAAUCCAAAUGAGUAACAGCUCAUUUGGAUUUCAGUCCAUGUCAAGCACUGCUAAUUUCAGUCCAGGUCAAGCACUGCUAAAGUCACAUUGUAAACUUGAUAGUUUCUUUCUUGUUUUUUUUUUUUUUUUACAGUAUUAAAGUAUUAAAAACAAAUUAUUAUGUAUUACCUAUGUUUCUCCAGUUAUGAAAUCUUCCAGUAAAUGGCAUUUCAAAUUGUAUGGUAAUUCACCUGUUCUGAUCAAACCUAAAUGUAUGUUUGAAAAGAUAAAUGGCAUCGCUUUGUUCUGUAUUUAAUCCGAUUAUACUUUUCUAAAUAUUCUUCCACUGAAAAUUAAUGUACAAAUGUUUAAUACUUUUUUCAGGUGUUAACUUAAAACACUGUUCUUUGCUAUACAAGAAAACCUUUUCUAAGCCUACUGUCAUAAACAUUCUAAAUCUAUGGUAAGGACAGAACAUUUUAAGAUAUAUUGAAGAUUCCUAACAUUUCAAUAUUUAUUAUUUUUGUAUUUUUAUGUUUCUUUUGAUUUAUUUCUUCUAAAAUCAUCACCUUUGGCACUGAAUGUGAUUGUUAAUUUGUGCCCUUCAAAUAUUCCAAUUCACUAACCUAUUUCAAAUUUCUCAUGAGUAAAUUCCUCUUGAGUGGUAAAGGCAUCCUUAAGAUUAUAGUUUUUUUUCAUACUUAGCCAUCAGCUUUUCAUGCACAUCAUGUUUAUUUUUUAAGUAUUUUAAGGUCAUGUAUUUGUAUCCACUGGAUAGUCUGUCAGACAUUUGCAUUGUAAUUUUAUUUUACAUGUAUUUUCUCAAGCUGUUUUUUUAGGCAUCCCAUCCUUUUUCAUAAAAGAGAAACAUGAGUUAUUUUCAUGACUUUAAAUGUUACCCAACAACCACAGUUCCCAAUGUUUUAGAUGCUACCUGUCUUUAACCCUGACACCAGUACGGCUCUAGUUUGCUAAAACAGACUGAGACAUUCAGGUGUGUAAAUUACACAUAUACAGACAAUGUUAUUAGCACAUUUGCACAAUUCUCUCUUUUUUAUGAGUUGAAAUUGAAAAUACAUUUGAACCCAAACCCAAACAUUUAAAAAUGUUCACUUUCACAAGUCAAAAAGGGCCUCAUUAAAAUUAUUACAUUUGUGUAAUUUAUCUUACCUGUGACACAUUUUAGGUGCAUACUGGAUGAUGGCUGAAAAUUUGCAAGGGUGCCAAUAUAUUUUACCGUAACUGUGUGUAAAAACCAGGGUACAAAACUGCCAAUAAUCAGAUUAAUCCAAAGCAGUUCAUAUGAAAUGGAGAAUGUCUAAGGUAACAGAUAGAACUGAGCCCUAAGAGAAAACAGUUACAGUAUUGUUGUACCUUCAAAGCCCUGAUGUUUGUUUCUAAUAGGGAAAGAGGAUUUGAGGUAUGUGAUAGAAUGGUGUUGUCACUGGGUGUCAGUAUAGAGUCCAAGACCAAUCCAAGGUGUCUGAAUGGUAUAUCCAUUGUUCUGAUUGGUAUUUUGUAUUACAGACCAGAUAUGUUUUAUAGACCAUAUAGCAGCCAACAUGGGAUACGUACCAAAAAAGCUUUCAGUGACCAACCGUCUGUUUUUGAACAAUGGUAAAUAUGUCUCUUUUAGGAAUUUGUGGCUCAAUUUUAUCCAUUUCAUGUUCACCAAGUGUUUCUCUGUCUUCACAUUUUUCUAUCUCUGUGAGUUGUGAUGCAAAGACACCCAUGUCCAAAUUGAUGUUUGUAUACUGGGUAGCAAGAUUAGAUUUCUAUUGAUGUAAAAUGUUUUGCUUUGACUUGGUACCUUAAAAAUACUGCAAAUGAAUAAACUAUGCAUGCUUUUUUAUAUGUACAUAUAUGUAUUCAUACAUAUUCAAGUAUAUUCUCCUGACAAAUGAGUGUUCUAUUGCACUUCUUCUUGUUUUGAAACAGAAUUUUUCCAACAUUGCAUUCCAAUGUUACUGUUUUAUUUUCCUCUGUGUUUUGGCAUGUUUCCUAAGAAACUUUCAAUAUAUGUUGUAUGUACAGUAUAUGUUUUGUAUACAUUUGCCAUAAAGUUUUUUGAUAUUUACCAAGCUGUCACCCUUGCUUAUUAUGCAAUAAAACAUUAUUUUCUCUA